GAAUCCAAGACCAUCAUAUGUGAUUUAGUUACUCUUCUUGCUAUAACAGAACACCAUGGACCAGAGCAACUUUUAAAAGAAGCGUUUAAUUGGGUUAGAGUCCAUAGUGGCAGACUGAAGGCAUUACUGUAACUCCAGUUCCAGGGCAUCUGGUACCCCAUGGGCCACCAGGCAUACAUGAACUGCAAAACACUCAUACACAUAAAUAAAAACUAAUUUUUGAAAGGUAUUGUUGUAGAAGGUCAAGUGGGGUGCAUGUGAGUGUUUGGGAGGGAAGACAGCACGGCCAAGGCAGGUCCAAGUGCUAACAGCCUCCUGCCUCAAGGAUGGAAGGAGGAUGCUUGAAUCUCACUGGUGGCCUCUGGAGAAUCAGCCUCCUAGGUUGAUGGAAGCAGGGAGGCAAGAGGAAAGGGGGCACAGACACGCCUCUGGAAUCGGUAGUGGAGGGAUAGAGAAAAAGCAAAUGGAGAAUUCUGGAUAGGCUGGUUCAGGAAAGAUUUUGGUGUGUUUUAAUAUGGCAGGGCCCGUUUGUCUAUGGAGAGGACCAGGCCAGUUACUAAGGACUGAGCAGGGUGAGGACCUGGCCAGGUGUGCAGAAUAUUGAGCCUGGGCUCUGGAGGAUAGGAGACCCAGACAGGGUAACGGAUCGGACUGCAUCAGGAGGAAGGCGUGGAUCUUGGAGGGCAGGGUGAAAAGGGAUUUCGAUGGUCGUCUGCCUUUUCACAGAGAAAGCAGUGUUCUCAGGUGACAGUCCUGCGGGUCCCUGCCCCGCCCCGCCGCGUAUUCAGGAGGUCCGGCCAGUGGCUCAGAGAGCAGUCCCCGCUGCCCGUGCGUGCCUGGACCCCGCAUCCUUGUUCCAGAACCCGCUGCUCACCAUGGCCACCACUCACGCGCUCCGCAGCCUGGUCGUUCUCCUCCAGGUGCUGGGACUCGCCCUGGCUCAGAUCAAAGGUCCUCCAGGAGAGCCGGGUCCUCCAGGGCCACCAGGGCCACCAGGAGUGCCGGGUUCUGAUGGCAUCGACGGUGACAAGGGGCCUCCAGGAAAAGUCGGUCCUCCGGGAUCCAAAGGCGAGCCUGGCAAACCCGGGCCGGAUGGGCCGGAUGGGAAGCCUGGCGUGGAUGGUUUAAUGGGAGCCAAGGGAGAGCCUGGCCCCAUGGGGACCCCCGGAGUCAAGGGUCAGCCUGGGCUCCCAGGGCCCCCUGGCCUGCCGGGCCCCGGAUUUGCUGGCCCUCCCGGACCACCUGGACCUGUGGGCCUCCCUGGUGAGAUUGGAGCCCCGGGCCCCAAGGGAGAUCCAGGACCAGAAGGACCAUCAGGGCCCCCAGGACCCCCUGGGAAACCGGGUCAACCAGGAACCAUCCAGGGCCUGGAAGGGAGUGCAGAUCUCCUGUGUCCAACCAACUGUCCAGCUGGUGCGAAAGGGCCUCAGGGGCUGCAAGGAGUGAAGGGGCAUCCAGGCAAGCGGGGGAUUCUGGGCGAUCCUGGUCGCCAGGGGAAGCCGGGCCCCAAGGGAGAUGUCGGUGCCUCUGGAGAGCAAGGCAUCCCUGGACCACCGGGUCCCCAGGGCAUCAGGGGUUAUCCAGGCGUGGCAGGACCUAAGGGAGAGACGGGUCCUCGUGGAUAUAAAGGCAUGGUGGGCUCCAUCGGGGCUGCUGGGCCACCGGGUGAAGAAGGUCCAAGGGGGCCACCAGGCCGGACUGGUGAGAAGGGGGAUGUGGGGAGCCCAGGUGCCCGAGGACCCCAGGGGAUAACAGGCCCAAAGGGAACAACGGGUCCUCCGGGCAUUGAUGGCAAGGACGGGACCCCGGGCAUACCUGGCAUGAAGGGCAGCGCAGGACAGGUGGGGCGGCCAGGAAGCCCAGGCCACCAGGGCCUAGCGGGUGUGCCGGGUCAGCCUGGGACAAAAGGAGGCCCUGGAGACAAGGGUGAACCAGGCCAGCAGGGCUUCCCUGGAAUCUCCGGUCCUCCUGGAAAAGAAGGGGAGCCAGGACCUCGAGGGGAAAUCGGUCCACAGGGCAUAAUGGGACAGAAGGGUGAUCAGGGUGAGAGGGGACCAGUAGGGCAGCCAGGCCCUCAAGGACGACAGGGCCCCAAGGGAGAGCAGGGCUCCCCAGGAAUUCCAGGACCCCAAGGCUUGCCAGGCAUCAAAGGAGAUAAGGGUUCCCCAGGGAAGACAGGGCCCCGAGGUGGAGUGGGUGACCCGGGGGUGGCCGGCCUCCCGGGUGAGAAAGGGGAGAAGGGCCAUUCGGGAGAGCCAGGACCCAAGGGACAGCAAGGAGUUCGUGGAGAGCCAGGAUACCCUGGCCCCAGCGGGGAUGCGGGUGCCCCAGGAGUGCAGGGCUAUCCCGGGCUUCCCGGACCCCGAGGACUGGUGGGAGAUCGAGGCGUGCCAGGACAACCUGGGAGACAAGGGGUAGUGGGCAGAGCUGCCAGUGACCAGCAUAUCGUGGACGUGGUACUGAAGAUGAUUCAAGAGCAACUGGCAGAGGUGGCUGUGAGUGCCAAGCGGGAAGCCCUGGGUGCAACCGGAAUGGUGGGUCCUCCAGGACCUCCUGGGCCCCCUGGAUAUCCAGGCAAACAGGGACCCCAUGGGCAUCCUGGUCCCCGAGGCAUUCCUGGCAUCGUGGGAGCAGUGGGUCAGAUUGGCAACACUGGGCCCAAGGGAAAGCGUGGAGAGAAAGGUGACCAAGGAGAAAUGGGACGUGGGCACCCUGGGAUGCCCGGACCCCCAGGGAUCCCAGGUCUUCCUGGCCGGCCUGGCCAGGCAAUCAAUGGCAAAGAUGGAGACCGAGGAUCCCCGGGGGCUCCAGGAGAAGCUGGCCGACCCGGCCGGCCAGGCCCAGUGGGGCUGCCUGGUUUCUGUGAGCCUGCCGCCUGCCUGGGGGCUUCAGCCUACGCCUCUGCUCGUCUCACAGAGCCUGGGUCCAUCAAGGGGCCAUGAGCAACCAGCCAGGACAGAGCCUAUUAGCCUCCUGGGUCCCCUCUGAGUGGAUAUGCACCCCAGCCCCAGCCCAGGAGGCUACAUUUCUCAGGACCUUGUCUGGAACCCAGGGGUCCUGAAGACAAGUUCAGUGAGGGAGGGGUUGGGGAGAGAGGGCACUCCUGAGGGAACAGGGUGCCCUUUCUUCCCAGAGUAUCCCUCAUCCCUGCCAUUCCACCCUCGGGGCAGGUAGGCCUCUGAUGGUCCUCAUCCAUUCCCACUGUCUGGACUUAUUUUUAUUGGGUGUCUGCUGAGAGUGAGGACCCUGAGCUGGCAAUCCUUAGGCCAGCCCCACUGUUGUCUUUCCGCCUCCUAUCUGAGUAUUUAAACACCAUCUCCCUAGUUUCUGGCAUCACUGUUUUCCAGUCCCCUUUGCCCACACCCACUCUGGCCUUCGUGUAAAUAAAAGUU